UUUUUAAAAAAGUACUCAUAAUUGCAUCGCAAUCUUCCGCUCUAUAAAUAUGCACUAAAGCCACUGCUACUUGCUCAAUCCAACAACACUGCGUCGUUCACAGGAGAAGCGAUUCAUACUUCAGCAAAAAAAGAGGAAGAAAGAUUUCAAAAAUGACUAUUGUAGAGAUGUGCGUACACAUGGAUUGUGCGGGAUGCGAGAGCAAAAUCCGCAAAGCGAUCCAGAAACUGGAAGGCGUCGACGGCGUGGAGAUCGACAUGGCGAGUCAGAAGGUGACGGUGACGGGGCACGUGGAGCAGAAGAAGGUGCUGAAGGCGGUGCGGCGGACGGGGCGGAGGGCCGUGCUGUGGCCGUUCCAGUACGGCGGCGGCGGCGGCGCAGAGUACGACUUCAGCCACCAGAACCAGCAGCACCACCCGGCUCUCGCCGGCGCCGCCUCCUCGUCGUACAACUAUUACAAGCAUGGGUACGACGACGCGCGGGCGAUGCAGGGGAACUAUUACGGUUACUACCAGCCGCCGACGCGGGCGGCGGCCAUGUUCAGCGACGAGAAUCCUAAUGCUUGUCACGUGAUGUGAGAAAUAGUGUCCAAAAUGCACUCCUUAUUUUCAUUUUAAUCCAAAAAAAAAAGUUUUUUUUAAAAAAAAAAAGGUUUAGCAUAUUUCUUCUUGAAUUUUCGCCUUCUGUAUCUAUUCUUCUGGUAAAUAAAGUGUUUAAUGAUCGAGUCAAAAUGCAAAUUAAUAUUAACUAUUAAUUUAUCAAUAAUGUAACUUUCUUUUUUAUUUAACA